AGAGUAUUAUUAACCUUCAGCAGUUAAGAACAGCUGUCACACUGCAGGAGAGGGUAGAGUAUUUGUUAUUUUCCAUUUUAAGAAAUACAAAAGACUUUUCAGAGAUUAUGGAAAGCUCUAAAAUCAGAGACUAUGACAGCAUUACAUCUUUUCUUGGAUCUUGGGGACGUUUCCAAGUGAGGGUAUUUCUUGCCCUGGCUAUCAGCAUACUUCCGAACGGUUUUAUCGGCAUCUAUAUCGUAUUUGUAGGCGACACGCCGUCUCAUGAGUGCUUCGUCCCUGAGAGCUACAACAUCAGCGAGGAGUGGAGGAAUGUGACGAUUCCCGUGGAAACGAAUAAUGGGGUUGAAAAGCGCAGCUCCUGCUCUAGGUUAAGCUUGGAGGUUGUCAGAGGCUACUCACAGUCUAAUAAGUUCCCACACGUGGAUGUGAAUGUCAGUGAAAUCCCUCUGGAACCUUGUUUGGAUGGUUGGACAUACAGCAGAGAAAUCUACCAGUCGACCAUCGUCACAGAGUGGGACCUGGUGUGCGACAACGGAUACAAAAUCCCACUGACGACCUCCAUCCACUACGUGGGUGUGCUGUUGGGAGCCCUGGUGUCAGGUCAAAUGUCUGAUAGGUAUGGAAGGAAACUGAGCCUUUUUUCCAUGAUGGCUCUGCAGACGGUUUCAAUCACAGCCCAGAUUUUCUCGCCCAGCUGGGAAGUCUUCUGUCUCAUUUUCUUCUUCGCUGGAGCAGGGGGGUUUUCCAACUACAUCAUUGCGUUUGUGUUAGGUACGGAAAUUCUGAGUCCUAAAGUCAGAAUCGUGUUCUGUUCCCUUGGGGUUUUUAUGGCCUCAGCUACUGGCUAUAUGCUAAUGCCUGCAGUGGCCUACUUCCUUAGGGACUGGCGGAUGCUAUUGAUUCCAAUGGCAGGCUGUGGUCUGAUCUACUUCCCUCUUUGGUGGUUUGUCCCAGAGUCUCCUCGCUGGCUCCUGAUACAGGGGAGAGUUGAGGAGGCUGAGGCUAUUCUCAGAGGUGCUGCCAAAGAGAAUCACAUAGAGGCUCCAGAGGCCAUAUUUACACGAGAGGAGAUUGAAGUGUCAUUGGAAAAGAAAGACGACAAAUACAACAUUUUUGUCAUACUGAGCAACUGCAAUGUGUUCCUAAUGACCUUAAUGUGUUCCAUCCUGUGGGUCAUCAUCACCAUUGGUUACUACGCAUUAAUACUCAACACCUCAAAACUACAUGGAAACCCAUACAUAAACACCUUCUUAUCUGCCGUGGCCGAGGUGCCGGCUUAUCUCGUGGCGCUGUUACUGCUCCAGCGCUUGCCCAGACGUCUGUGCCAGUCGUCCUCUCUCCUGCUUGGAGGUGUAAUGAUCCUCUCUGUUCAACUCGUUCCAUCAGAUUUACCAGUUGUUGCUGUUUGUCUUGAGAUGCUGGGGAAGUUCGGCAUCACGGCAGCCUUUUGUGUGGUUUACGCCGUCACGUCAGAGCUCUUCCCCACGGUUAUUAGAAACACAGCAAUGGGCUGUUGCUCUUUGGCUGCCAGAAUUGGAACCAUCAUCUCUCCCUUCAUCAUUUACUUGGGACAAUAUUUUCCACCACUGCCAUACAUACUGAUGGGAACGUUAGCCAUCUGUGGAGCUUUUCUGUGUGUCCUGUUACCAGAAUCGUUUGGAAAGACUUUACCAGAGACUUUACCACAAAUGCAGCAAAUAUGCAGGAGAGGUGUUGGCAACACAACCCACUCCGAGAAAGAAGACAAUGAAGCAAACUAUCAGACUAAAGGCACUCAAUUUUAAAUAUGUUCUGUUUUACAGUGUUAUUUAUUGUCAUUAUACAAUAAUCCAUACUGUUCACACAACACUUCUUUGACAUUUUCCGAUUUUGGUUUUAUGUGAAAUUGACCAAAUUAUAAAAUGUAACAUUACAUUUACAUUUAGGAGAUGCUUUUAUCCAUCGCGACUUACAAUUUGAUGUAGGAAAAGAAAUAUUGUGAAUAUAUGUUUCUUGUUUCAAAUUUUUUAUUAAUGUUUGAAUAAUAUUUAUGUUGAAAUAUAAUAACGUUUCUUAUUGAACUAAGGGACCUUCGCUAUUUUUAAAACCUUAACAAAUGUCAUUAGUUUGCCAUGCUAUUAACGUAUCUUUCAAAUGAGUUUUUUCAAAUGGGCAUUUUGGGAAUGUUUUCAGUUUCAUGCGUCAGUAACUACAGUACGUAUAAAGAAAAGUUGAACGUAGAUAUGAUACAAUAUCUAUUGGUUUGCUUUAACAGACAUCAUCAUUCGCAGCGGUUUUUUUAAGCAAUGGUUUGUAAGAUUUAUUUAUUAUAAGCAAUGAAAAUUGCUGUGGUUAGUGAAACAGAAACUUUACAGACGGUUCCUUAAUCACAGCGUCAUCAGUGGGAGGUGCUUUACCGACAUGUUGACAUUCAAAGUGAGUUAAAGAGAAAUUUCCGGUACAAAAAAAACAUACAGACCAAAUCAAUCGACAUUUGACUCCGAGGAGUAAAAUAGCUGAGGAUUUCAGUCAUUUUCGUGAACUACAGUCGAUCAAUGCAUUCACACGUGGCGAAGGAGACGAAGAACAUAGGUUAUAUUUCUCUAACGUAUUUAAAAUCUUACUGUGACGUAGUGUUUUCGCCCCGAAGGCGGGUGGAAAUAAAAGUGAAAGUAGAAGCAACAAAAUGCA